AUGAUGGAAAUUAGAAAUACAAAUAACUAGAUUAAUAAUAACAAUAAUAAUAAUGCGAUUCAAAAUAGUAGAUAGCAAAAUUAUUAGAAUAAUAGAGGAUCAAUUACAGGACUUUGCGAAAGAAGUGUAGCAGACCAUUAUAAUAAAAUAGAAAGCAACUUUCUCGAAAAAUAUCUUAAAUAUAUAGUGAUUGACGAUUUCAUUCCAGAUGUGUUUGAGUAUAAUUUAGAAAAAUAUUAAUAAAAUAAUAAUAAAUAUGAUUUGCAUCAAUCUAUUUUUUAAGUAGCCAAUAAUUUCCAAUUAUAUACCUUUAUUGAGUAAUUGAGGGCAGAAUUAAAAAAAAAUUCAAAUGUUUCUUAAAAUUAAUUGAUCAUUGAAUGCUUUGGAUAAGACCAUUUAGUGUAGUAAGGAGAUUAAGUAUUUAUUAUUUGUAGCAUUAAAAUUACAAACUCUAAGUUGAAAAAGUUACCUGAAGCAGGAAUAGAGCUACUCUAGAAAGCAGUUAAAAAUGAAAAGGUUCUAUUUAAAGAAAAUUAAUUGGUUCAUAUGACAAUAUUUUAUAAUGGCGAUAUCAAUUUUGAUUUCGAUCAGUAUCCAGAUUAGUAUUAACUAGGAGAAAAAUUAGUAGAAAUAAAUAAAGUAAAAGUACGUUUAGUGAUGAAUUUGUUUUACAUAUCAAAGGUAGCCUUAUUCCAGCACUUUGUAGUAAGAAACAACUACAAAAUCGAAACUAUAGAUGAUAAAACAAUAACUUUUUAUGAAUUGACUCGAACUAGUUUUAAAUAAAGACAGAUCACAAAACUAUAGAUUGAAAGAUAAAAACAAAAUCAAAAUUAAUCUGUCCAAGAAGCUGUUAACAACAAAAAGAUAUAAGCAAAUUCGUCUUCAUUACAAAAAGGAGUAAUAAUUUCACAAAACAAUAAAAAGAAUAAAAAAAUUUAGUAGUUAGCUCAAGAGUUUUUUUAAAAAAAUAAGAAAUUGCUAUCAAUGGUUUUACUUUCUGCUGGUGCUAUUAGUAUUUACAUUGCCUUAAAAAAAAUUUUGAAAAAAAAAUUGACUGACUGA